AUGGCUGCUUCAUUACAGGCUGUCGAUACACGGCCUGGUUGGGCUUCUGGACUUUUCAAAGUUCCCCUGCCCCUACGACAUCUUAUAUCGACCCGCAAAUUCCUCGCCCAGAGUAUCAACGCCUUCUUCCAAAGUGCGGCGUACUAUACUCCGAUAUUUUACAUCGCAGCCUUCUCCAAAACGCUUGGCUACAACGAGACAGACGGAGCCAACUUUACAGCUCUUAGCAAUGCGUGUAAUGCUAUUGGAAAGGUCGGGGUCGGAUUCAUUGCCGACAGAAUCGGGCGUCUAGACAAAUUCUUUCUGACGACGCUUCUUAGUUGUACGUCUACCGCUGGCCUCUGGGUUUCUAGUACUGUUCUGGGGCCGUCAGAUGUAGAGGCCGGCAGGGCACUCUUCAUCGCCUUUACUGUCAUGUAUAGUUUAUUCGCCAGUGCGCACAUUGGGCUUUUCUCGCCCGCGUUAGUAGAGCUGUUUGGUAUCUCCAAAAUGCCUCAUAUCACUGGCAUUAUGUACAUGUUCCAGGGCGCAGCUGGGCUGAUGGGAACGCCACUGGCGGGUCUCCUGGUGACGGAAGACACGGACCCAGGUUCCUAUUUAUACAUGGCCGUUCUUGUGGGAUCGUUCAUGUUCAUCUCGACAAUAGCUGUGCAAUGGGCAAGGAUAGAAUUGAUGGUUGAGCGCGCAGGUGGAAAAUGGCAAUGGACAUGGGGUCUAUGA